AUGUGGUGUAGUCUCAUACCGCGUUCCUCCUUUCGGGCGGCCCAUUCAAGAGAAUAUCUCGCUGAGACGGCCAAUGGCGAUGAAGACAUACCAAAGCUUGCUGUGAAGCAAUACGUCCCCCACGACAACCCCAAUCCUCAACCUGGUGAUGUAACCAUUAUUGGUGCUCAUGCAAAUGGUUUUCCAAAGGAACUGUAUGAGCCGCUAUGGGAUGAACUGUAUGACCGAGCAAGACAACAAGAUCUCAGGAUACGAUCGAUAUGGAUUGCAGAUGUAUGGAAUCAAGGACAAUCAGGAGUUAUUAACGAGAGAGUGCUCGGCAAUGAUCUCAGUUGGUUUGACCACGCAAGAGAUCUAAUGAAUCUCAUCAACCAGCAUCAACGAGACAUCCCUCAUCCCAUCGUUGGUAUUGGUCAUAGUAUGGGUGGAACUCAGCUGGCGCAAUUAGCACUCUGGCACCCGCGGCUCCUGGACUCGUUAGUACUUAUUGACCCGAUCAUCCAAAUACCAAACCCAAGCAUUUCUCUAGCCGGUCUUUCUACAAAGAGGCGGGAUGUCUGGCCAUCAAGAGGCGAUGCUACUACAAGAUUCAAGAAGAGCAAAUUCUUCCAGUCUUGGGAUCCUCGUGUUCUUGACCUUUGGAUUGAGCAUGGACUUCGAGAUAUCCCAACCGAGCUUCAUUCAAAAGAAGAGGGUUCAACUUCAGAUCAGCGAGUUACUCUCACGACUUCGAAGCACCAAGAGCUCUUCAGUUUCGUCAGACCCUCAUACCUAGCAAGAGACUGGGAGUCAUUCAACGACCAAGAUACAGAACAAAAUAAAGACUGCCCUAACUACCCAUUCCACCGCCCGGAACCACCAAAGAUAUUUCGCCACUUACCCGAGCUUCGACCAAGUACGUUAUUCGUCUUCGGAAAGCAGUCAGAGUUCUCGUCACCGGAACGACGACAGGAGAAAAUGCUGACAACAGGCACCGGAGUUGGGGGCAGUGGAGGCGCAGCUGCUGGUAGAGUUCAAGGGGAGACUCUUGACUGUGGCCAUUUGAUACCGAUGGAGAAGGUUUCUGAGUGCGCAGAUGUCAUCUCUUCAUUCGUCGGGAAAGAGAUGAGACAAUGGCGUGAUCAACAAGAAUCUUUCAAGAAGUACCGUGAAAACAUGUCGAGACGACAACAAAUCACGAUCGAUGGGAAGUGGGAGGAGAAGGUUAAGCUCGGAGAUGAAUACUUAAAGAAGUUAUAGAGGCCUCUCGUGUCAAACCAACCUUGGUCAGCUGGGCUAGUAAUACUAUCUAAUUCAUAGAUAAAAAAGACAAUAGAUUUGGUUUGUGAUGACAAAAGGGUUAGAAGGCAAAAGUUAUAUCUUG